UCGAGUCGGAAGCGAGAAGGGGAGAAGAGGAAGAUGCAGCAAGCGCAGGCGUCGGCGGUGGUGGCCGCGCCGGUGGCGGCGGCGGCGGCGGCGGCGGCGGGGGCGACGGGGCACCAGCACGAGGGGGCGAGGGGUGACGCGCCGCCGAAGCAGGUGGCGCAGGCGAUGGAGCGGCUGGGGCGGGCGGGGCGGCUCAUCGCGGACAUCCGGCUGGGCGCGGACCGUCUGCUCGAGGCGCUCUUCGUCGCCGGCGACGCGCCCCCGCACAGCGCCCCGCAGCACGUUGAGAAGACCGCGCUCGCCGUCGCCCAGGAGGAGGCCGCCAUGCACCGCCACUUCGACGACCUCCGCGCGCUCGGGAGGCAAUUGGAAGAGUCUGGAGUUCUAAAUGGAGCCCUUAAAGCCAGAGGCAAUUCAUGGGGCUUGCACAUGCCACUUGUUUGUCCAGAUGGUGCAGUUGUGGCAUAUGCUUGGAAGCGUCAGCUGGCUGGUCAGGCUGGUGCAUCAGCUGUUGACAGAACUAGGUUAGCUCUCAAGGCCUUCACUGACCAGAAAAGAAGGUUCUUUCCUCAUCUAGAUGAUGAAGGGUUUAACCAUCUGCAUGAUGGUGAACCUGGUCUCGCUAAAAAGCCAAGGCUGCCUGCUAGCAAUGGGGAGCUUGAAGAAAGAACUUUAUCUGAGAUACUAAAGAAUCUAGAAAAUGAAGUUCCUAACAUGAAAAUAUUCACAUACCGGCGUCUGGAUUGGUCAAAAAGAGCUGCAUCAUUAGCAACCCUUAUGAAUGAUGACUUUGUGGAUCCAUCUAAGGAGCUGAACCUGCAAAACAUGAGCAAAUCGGGAUCUGGUGAUACAACUCCAAUAGAUCAGGUUGCGAUAAUUGAGUUGCUAGCUCCUUCUAUAUUUAGAGCUAUAGUAUCACUGCAUCCUGCAGGAUCUACUGAUCCUGAUGCUGUGGCUUUCUUCUCUCCUACUGAGGGAGGAAGUUACCUACAUGCAAGAGGCCUAUCGGUGCAUCAUGUUUUUAAGCAUGUAUCGGAGCAUGCAGAUAAAGCAUUGCAAUACUUUGUCAGUGUGGAACCAACUAAAUCACUUUCUCUGUUGCUGCGUUGGAUUGCCAGCUAUCAGACUCUAUUUACAAAAGUUUGCAGUAAAUGCGGACGGCUUCUGCUGAUGGACAAGUCUUUGGCUCUGCUUUUACCCCCUGUCCAGCGCCCAUACCAUCAUCAGACUUCUAGUGUUGGUUCAGAUCCUCAGGAUGCCUAUCACAUUGGAUGUUCUUCCUAUGAUGCCUGACUCUUCUAAUGAACUCUCGACUUUUAGCUAGGAUGUUUCAAUUCUGAGGAUAUAUUGCCUGACAAACAUGUGCAAGACUAAUUUGUAAUGGCAGUUCUAGAUUCUUUUUUUCCAUGGGGUUCCUGCAGUGUAGCUGUUAAUUUUCUACAUAGAAAAAGGCGUGGUUAUUUGAUGAGUUACUGUAGUUGCAGUUUCAUCUUGGUAGCAUGCAUUUCAGGAACAGAUGGUGUAAAACUUGGAAAGGUGCUUUGAGUCAUUUUUUGUGAAUUUCAAUUAUCAUUUUGGCCCUCUUUGGAAUGU